AUGGUAGUAAAUGCUGUUGAACGUACAAAUAAUUUUUUGAACUUUUGGGGGCUGAGGGGUUCAAUGGUUGUUCAUGUUCAACACAAUUCCGCGCUGAACGUUGAACGAACGAACGCUAACCGAAAUGGAAGGGGUGAAUCUUCAUCUGCUUCAAUUGCAUCUAUUCGUGGAGCAAAUGUAGAAGUUGAAACAAAUUUUGAAGAAUACGUUCGUGAUCCCGGAUUAAGGCGACCAAUUGACGAAUUUGAUAUUGCUAUUCGAGAUCAAAUACGUAGAGAGUAUUUGUCUAUGGGUCCUUGUCAACUAGUUGGGCAUAACUAUCCGAAGACUCAAUUCGGCAAUCAAUUAAGGAGUUUUCAAUAUGUAUGGUAUCAAAAGUUUGUGUGGUUAGAGUACAGUGUAGCAAAAGAUGCUUGCUUUUGCUUUUGGUGUUAUCUAUUCAAGCCCGAAGAUAAAUCAAGUCGGUACAGAACAGAUGUAUUCACCAAGACGGGGUUUACCAAUUGGAAGAAGGCUUUAAUUAAAUUUGUGGUGCAUGUUGGAGAUGCGGAUAGUUGUCAUAACAAUGCUAGAGUACAAGUUGAAGCAUUUACAGAUCAAAGACAUAGUGUGGCAAAUAUGUUUAGAUCAAAUGCUCGUGAGUUGGAUGUUGCUUAUCGCACUCGUUUGACGGCUUCAUUGGAUGUGACUCGUUUUCUAUUGAAGCAAGGAUUACCUUUUCGUGGACAUGAUGAGUCAACUACUUCUUUAAAUCGAGGUAAUUUUCUUGAGUUGCUUCAAUGGUAUAGUGAUCAUAAUGAUGUUGUUUCCAAAGUUUUGGGUUCAAAUGCUCCUGGCAAUAAUCAAAUGAAUUCCCCACAAAUUCAAAAAGAUUUAGCGCGUGCUUGUGCUUCAGAGGUUACACUUGCUAUAAUCAAUGAUAUUGGGGAUAAAGUGCUUACCAUGUUGGUUGAUGAGGCUCGAGAUGUUUCAUUGAAAGAGCAAAUGGGAGUUGUUUUAAGAUAUGUGAAUGAUAAAGGAUGUGUAAUUGAAAGAUUUAUUGGAAUUGUGCAUGUUGUUGACACUUGUUCACAUUCUCUGAAAGAUGCUCUUAGUGCUUUAUUUGUGAAACAUGGUUUAUCACUAUCAAAAUUGAGGGGUCAAGGAUAUGGUGGAGCUUCAAACAUGAGAGGUGAGUUCAAUGGGUUGAAAGCUAAUCCUUAUGCUAUGAACAUUCAUUGCUUUUCACAUCAACUUCAGUUAAUUGUUGUUGCUGUUUCUAAGAGUAUCAUGGUUGUAAAGGACUUUUUUAGCUAUGUUUCCAUGAUAGUAAAUACGACUGGAGCAUCUUGCAAAAGAAAAGAUCAACUUAGAAUGUUAGAACAUGAGAGAUUGGUUAAAGAACUCAAUGAUGAAGUAAGGAUGACUGGAAGAGGCCUAAAUCAGGAAACUAGUUUGGCACGACUUGGAGAUACUCGAUGGGGUUCACAUUAUUUUACUUUGCUUCGUUUAUGUGCUAUGUGGCCUUCAGUUGAGAAAGUGUUGGAGAAUAUACGUGAUGAUACCACUAGCUAUGAGGUUAGAAGUGAUUGUUUAUGUCUUCAACAAGAACUCCGUAAUUUCAUAGCAUUUGUGCGCCAUCAUCCUCGCUUUUCUACGAUCACUGAUUUGGGAAGUUUUACUCAGGAAAUGGUUCAAAGUGGCAAUCAUUUAAUUUUUCAAUUGGUUUAUCGAAUGAUUGAGUUGACAUUGGUUUUACCUGUUGCCACUACUUCUGUUGAGAGAGCAUUUUCUGCAAUGAAGAUUGUCAAAAGUGAUUUGCGAAAUCGUAUGCAGGACGAGUGGAUGAAUGACAGUUUGAUCGUGUACAUUGAAAAUGAUAUUUUCUCAACGAUUGAUAACGAGAAGAUAUUGCAACGUUUUCAAUCGAUGAGUACUCAUCGCAAUCAGUUGUCAUCGCUUUCUCAAACAGAAACAAGCCUCACGUUGUCUGCCUUCUAUGCAGUAGUCAUAAAUGGUGAGUUCUCGCAGUGCAGUGAGGGUGUGAAGAUGAUUAUCUUGAGUAUUCCAUUGAAAUCGCCCAUGUUUGCCACGAUGAAGAUCCCAAACAUGCUUGCAAAGAGGGAGCUUUUCUUAGCUCAGAAUUCUGUGGAGGAUGAAUCCAACAAUCACGGAAGCGACGUCGGUAACGUCUGGAUCGAUGGGCACUAG